AUGGAAAUAGUCGAAGGAAUUUGGUCUGUGUUUGUCUCUCUGAUGCUACUCUUCUUCCUUCCUGAGCGGUCGGGUUACGGAACAAGAGUAGAUGGCAAGCUAGGAAGAACAAAUUCCAGAAGUGAAGCAAAGGGCCACCAAACAAUACCUCUAAAGAUGGUGUGGAACACACUCACAAACAUCUAUAAAUGGCCACAUUUUCUUGCAACUGCCUGUGUUUUCUCAACAUGGUCUCCAUUAACAACCUAUACGCCAAGUAUUAUGAUGUCCCUAGGAUUCUCAAGAAUCCAUGCUAACGCACUGACUGCUGCUGGAGGAUUCCUUACACUACCUGUUGUGUUUUUCUUUGCCUGGUUGGGUGACAAAACAAAGACGCGAGGUCUUACAGUGAUGAUAGCCAUCGUUGUCUAUGUGAUUUCACUCGUGGUUCUGAGAACCAUGCAGCCACAUGUCGGUAGAUGGAGUAAAUUUGGACUUUGGACGACUGUCAAUGGACUUGCUGUUGGCUACCAUCCUAUACAUAAUGCAUGGAUACAGAUGAAUAGCCGAAGCUCGGAGGAGCGAAGUAUCAAUUUAGCUUGUUAUGACUGCUACCAGUGGCUUGAUGGGAGGAGCUCAAAUAUUUCGUCAGGACGAGUCAUCGGAAUUGUAUCCCAGAGGCAUUCUGAUAAUGAUCUGUCUGACGCUAGCCGGGCUGACUCUGACUUCAUUGCAGGAGCUUAUCUACUUUCUCCAGAAUCGCACCGUCAGGAAGAGGUCUGGCUCUGA